GCCGCCCCCGCGCGCCCCCCGCGCGCCUCCCGCCGGCUCCGGCUGCUCCGCGAUGGAUCGCCUGCUCGUCGGGCGCUGAAGGCAUCCCCGGGACCCGGAGCGCAGCCCGGGAAAGAAACGCAGAGCAUUAUUGAUGAAUAGAUCCUUGGGUUCAGAGGUUGGCUGAAACGCACCAUGCCCGCUUCCAUCCUUCGCUCCAGAAAGUUGUGAAUUGCUCAUGCCUAUAGAGAGGAAGGAUGGCACAUGGGAUUCCUUCUCAAGGCAAAGUUACCAUCACGGUGGAUGAGUACAGCUCCAACCCCACCCAGGCAUUCACGCACUACAACAUCAACCAGAGCAGGUUCCAGCCGCCACAUGUACAUAUGGUCGACCCCAUCCCAUAUGACACUCCAAAACCAGCGGGCCACACGCGGUUUGUCUGCAUCUCAGACACACACUCCAGAACAGAUGGUAUCCAGAUGCCUUAUGGGGACAUCCUUCUCCACACAGGCGAUUUCACCGAGCUGGGACUGCCCUCAGAGGUUAAGAAGUUUAAUGACUGGUUAGGAAACCUGCCAUACGAAUAUAAAAUAGUGAUUGCUGGGAAUCAUGAACUGACAUUUGAUAAGGAAUUCAUGGCAGACCUUGUUAAACAGGACUACUACCGUUUCCCCUCUGUGUCCAAAUUGAAACCAGAGGACUUUGACAACGUUCAGUCCCUCCUGACGAACAGUAUUUACUUACAAGACUCGGAGGUAACAGUGAAGGGAUUCAGGAUAUAUGGUGCACCUUGGACCCCGUGGUUUAAUGGAUGGGGCUUUAACCUGCCCAGAGGUCAGUCUCUGCUGGACAAGUGGAACCUCAUCCCCGAGGGCAUUGACAUACUCAUGACACACGGACCUCCUCUAGGUUUUCGAGACUGGGUUCCAAAGGAGCUUCAGAGAGUGGGCUGCGUGGAGCUUUUAAACACAGUCCAGAGGCGAGUCCGGCCCAAACUCCAUGUGUUUGGUGGAAUCCAUGAAGGUUAUGGCAUUAUGACCGACGGUUACACAACGUACAUCAAUGCCUCAACAUGUACAGUCAGCUUUCAACCGACCAACCCUCCAAUUAUAUUUGACCUUCCAAACCCACAGGGUUCCUGAAGCUCCUAACACCCAAUUGGAAUGUGAGGAAAGGUCUAAAAAAACUGCCAUUUUUCUAAUUAUAAACUUACAUUCUCUUCCUUGUUUAUUUCCAGAUCCUGUGAGUUCUUUUUGUAAAUUGCUGGAACACAAAUGAUGCUAGAGGUUAUGCUUCGUCUUCUUUUUUUUUUUUAAAUGGGGCAUCCAUUCGAAUCAAAAGAGCGUUGUGAAUUUGUAAAAUGACUUCUGUUUUCUCAAAGGCCACGCCAUUGUAAAUUGUUAGUGUUCGCCAAAGGACAGCCAAGCUUUCUUUUGAAAAGGUGAAAAAGGUCUUAUUUUAAUAUGCUUUAAGCUGGAAAAAAAAAAAGAAAUUAAGCAGGUAGGCAGUGUUUUAAAAACCACCCAUAUUUGCACAACAGUUUAAGAGUAUUGUUUGAAGUAUUUUAUUUUUAUGAUGUUUGUUGUUGUUGUGUUGUUUUUCUUGGGAAUGCUUCUUUUUUGCAGACGUGGCCCAGAUUUAGAGCAGUCUUUGCAACAAAAGUAGGCGUGGAAAAGACUUCCCUUCACACUCUCACUAUAAAGCGGUGUCAAGGGGAAAAAACAACUCUCGUUUAGAGGAUGGCUUAGCUAGUGAGAUCCAUAUUGUGGUUAUACAAGGUCUCAUCGUCUGUUUGUUUCUUUUAAAUUAUUUUAGCUUUAAAAAUAUGGAAAUGGAAUCUGUCAAGAGCAGGUAUUUCAUGCAGUUAAAAAAAGAGCGUGCAGACUCCUUUUCAAUAUGGGUUUAUAUAUAUAAAUAUUUUUUGUGUAUUAUGACUAAGUUAGGAGUUUAAUAUUGCCAAGGACAGUACAACUGUAAAGGGGUGCUUGAUAGUGGAGCAUCAGAAGUCCGAAGGAGAUGACGCAUGUUCUCAGAACUCAAGGUCUUAAAGAGCUUGAGUUAAAUCUAGGUACACUCGCAGGCGUGUAUAGAUUUAAAUGGAUGCAAUGGAAGCUAACUAAAAUAAGGCUUAGUUGUCCUUUAUAUUUAAAUACCCUGAAUUGUCUUCUUACGUCCUUCUCCCUCCCCACCCCCCCAUUUUGCACUGUGUGUUGAUGCAAUCUUUGCUAGCACAAAAUAUUGUCGCUAAUAGUCAUUUCUGUUUUCCCAUUGUAAAUGCUGUUGAGCUUUAUUCUAUUUUAUGUUAUCUUGUUAAUGAAAUUUAGGAAAGCAGUUGUUUCUUUAAAUUUAUUGUGAUAUUCUAUAUC